AUGGUAUUCAUUGAGUUCGUCAACGAGAAGCCUGCACAACAUCAUGAUGGCGUUCUACCGCCGCCUCUGUCGUUUACGUCAGUGGCUCCCUCCUCCCCUGUGAGCCUGGCGCAGGUAUGCAAGCGGUGGCAAACAAUUGCUCGCUCCAUUCCUCAACUCUGGACAAAUAUCACUCUAAUUCUCCCCUACAAUAGAGACCUUCGCUACACAUCGAUUUCAUCUAUUCUCCACAUAGCGAGAGAAUGUUUAGAUCGGUCAGGAGUUCUGCCUUUGAAGCUUGAUAUUACGGCCACGACACCCUCCUGGCGCAUUCCUGAGCGUUUCGAUCCUACUCGAGCACUGCUCACCAUGCUUUGCAAGCAUUCUUCUCGUUGGCGCGAUGUGACCCUCGUGCUCCGCCAAUUCGAUGUAUUCCCUGCACUUGACGAAGGAUGCUUCACUGCUCUUGAAUCCUUGACCGUCCACACGAUGUCUAAUACCCCAAACCAAAUACUCCCACGAUCCCCUCAGUUCAUGCGCGCUCUAGAGACCGCCCCGAAACUUCGAAAAGUAUUCAUCGAAGAUGGAGAGUUGCUCGCUUGGCCUCUUCCAUGGGCACAGCUGACUGCACUCCGAUUAGACAAUUUCAAUCUUGGACGAAGCGACACCAUUCGAUUGUCUUCGAAGACCGCUAUCCUCGAUGUCCUCAGGAAGUACAGUAGCCUGAAAGAUCUAGAACUCAAGCUGAUAUGCAACAAAGCCCCCAUCGAUCUUUCCCAGGCACACACCAUACCUGUUGAUGUUGAUCUGCACUGUCUACAAACCCUCCGUAUCCUUGUUGAUACACAAACCAUUUGCGAGAAUCUCCUGCGUUUCAUACGAGCACCCUGCCUUCGCCUUCUGCACAUCCGAUUCCGCCAUGACUGGCACGAGCUCUCACAGAGCUGGGAUAUGUUUAAGAACACGGUCAAGGGGCGUGUCGCGACUCUGGAUACGUUGAGUCUAGCAUCUAUGGGUGCUUCACAGUCACAUCCGUUCAUCGACCAAUACCUCCCCGUCAUCACUAUUUCUCCUAUUCUGCUACCUGCGACCAACCUCCGCGUACUCGAAUGUCAUACAUCGGAAAUCAUACCAGAAUUUCUCAGCUCUCUCAUCCUACGGUUCACACCUACCGAUAAAUUAGCCUCCGGACAGAACACCAGGCUUGUGGAGAUUAGGGUGUUGCCAUCUUGUGGCGAGAAGCCGUUGUUUGACUCCCCCAUGGAGCCAAUCAACCGCCUCUUGGGGCUACUGUUGGACGUGGCUGAGUCGAGGUGGUGGUUGCCGGAAGGUGUGCUAGUUGGCGACAAUAAUGUGCAGAAGCUGCGAGCGUUCGAUAUUGGACCAUGGGGGCACGAGAUCGAGAUGGGGAAUGAGAGGGUCGAGGAACAGAUUCGCAAGAGGUACAUGGCGUUGAAGGAGGGCGGGUUCCUGUUCAGCGUAAAGGAUCGUAUCCUUGAGUUGAACGCCUCCGAGAAUGAGUGA